AUGGAGUUUCGUCAGUUCUCGGAGCAGCAGCCGGCGUUCCGUGUGCUGAAGCCGUGGUGGGACGUGUUCACGGACUACCUGUCUGUCAUCAUGCUCAUGAUCGGGGUGUUCGGCUGUACCCUGCAGGUCAUGCAGGACAAGAUCAUCUGCCUUCCUCGGAGAGUCAGUUCAGAAAACACGAGCGAGGUGGAACUGUUACAUUUGGAGUCUAAUAUUUCAACUGUCUUGAGAGAAAUGAAAGGCCUGAAAACUGAUCUGGACCUACAACAAUACAGCUUCAUUAAUCAAAUGUGUUAUGAAAAGGCCCUACACUGGUACGCCAAAUACUUCCCAUAUUUGGUCCUCAUCCACACGGUCAUAUUUAUGGUGUGUAGCAAUUUCUGGUUCAAAUUUCCCGGAUCCAGCUCAAAAAUAGAGCAUUUUAUAUCCAUGCUCGGGAAGUGUUUUGAUUCACCGUGGACGACCCGCGCUUUGUCCGAAGUUUCUGGGGAAAAUCCAGAAGACAAUGAGAACAAAGAGAACAGCAUCACCAAAUCGAAUAUCCCCAUGUCUCCAGAAGAGGGCAGCCUGGAGAAAACCCAAUCCCUUCGCUCAAUACCCGAAAAGGUUGUCGUCGACAAGGCCUCGGCGAGCGUGCUGGACAAAAAGGAAGGCGAACAAGCCAAAGCUCUUUUCGAGAAGGUGAAGAAGUUUCGUUUGCAUGUGGAAGAAGGCGAUAUUCUCUACCUCAUGUACGUGCGACAAACUGUUUUUAAAUCACUCAAACUGGAAAUCAUCAACAAUGUCACAGUAUCGGCGUCAAUCUCGCAACUGGCAGAUCUUCAGGAGCUGUCUCUUUACCAAUGCUCUUUAAAGAUGCACACAGCGGCUAUCUCCUUUCUCAAAGACAACCUCAAAGUGCUGCGUGUCAAGUUCGACGACAGCCGAGAGUUUCCGAACUGGAUGUAUUGUCUUCGCAACUUGGAGGAACUUUACCUUACCGGACCUUUAAGCACGGAUGCUUCCAAAAAUAUCGUUCUGGAAUCGCUACGGGAGAUGAAGUGUCUCAAAAUCCUCUCGGUAAAAAGCAAUGUGACCAAAAUACCUCAGUCGAUUGCUGAUGUUUCAAGCCAUUUGCUGCGACUGUAUUUACACAAUGACGGCACGAAGUUGGUCAUGCUCAACAACUUGAAGAAAAUGACAAACUUGACGGAGUUGGAGAUUGUGCGAUGCGAUUUGGAACGAAUUCCACAUGCCGUAUUCAGCCUUACGAGCCUGCAAGAGCUGGACUUGAAGGAAAACAACCUUCGCUCAAUAGAGGAAAUCAUUAGUUUUCAGCAUCUGCGCAAGCUAACCUGCCUUAAACUAUGGUACAACAGCAUCAUGUAUAUUCCAGAGCAUAUAAAAAAGCUUACUAGCCUGGAACGCCUCAACUUCAGCCAUAACAAGAUUGAAAUUUUGCCUUCGCACUUGUUCCUAUGCAACAAACUUCGCUACCUGGAUCUAUCCAACAACGACAUCCGAUUCAUCCCCCCAGAAGUAGGCGUGCUCCAAAGUCUUCAGUACUUCUCCGUCACAUGUAACAAAAUUGAAAAUCUACCAGACGAACUGUUCUUUUGCAAAAAACUCAAAACGUUGAAGCUGGGGAAGAACUCUCUGUCAAUAUUAUCGCCUAAGGUUUCGUACCUGGUGGCGUUGACGUAUCUGGAUUUAAAGGGGAACCAUUUUGAGGUGCUUCCACAGGAUUUGUUGUACUGCCGGGCUCUGAAGCGCAGUGGGCUCAUUGUGGAAGAGGCGCUAUUUGAAACGUUGCCUUCUGAUGUCAGGGACCAAAUGAAGGCUGAGUGA